AACUCUUCUAGUGCACAACUGAGGAAGAUGAGAAUUGGGUUUCAGAACUAUUUCUCUUAUUUGGCUUUUCUAUUUUGCAUAUCGCUAUGUCUUCACCUUUCAACUGCUAAACCAGAAACAUAUGAGGAUUUUAGAAACAUAGAGGCAGCAUUAGCAUCAAGCAGCUGCAAUAUCUACCAAGGGAGUUGGGUGACUACAGCUUCAUCCACUCCUUUCUACAACACUUCAAGCUGUCCCUUCAUUAUCAAAGAAUUUGAUUGCCAGAAGAAUGGACGCCUAGACAAACUUUAUCUCAAAUACACAUGGAAACCAACUUCCUGUGACUUGCCAAGAUUCGAUGGUCUGGAUUUCUUGAGGAGAUUAAAGGGGAAGAAGAUCAUGUUUGUGGGGGACUCACUAAGUGAUAAUCAGUGGCAAUCUUUGACAUGCAUGCUCCACACAGCAGUGCCACAGGCAAAGUAUAACUUGGCAAAACAGGGUUCCAUUGUCACCUUUACAUUUCCUGACUAUGGAGUAUCGGUGGUGUUCAAUCACAAUGUGUUCCUGGUGGACGUGGUUACCGAAAAGAUCGGCCGAGUUUUAAAGCUUGACUCAAUCACGAGUGGCGAUUCAUGGAAAGAAGCUGACUUUUUGAUCUUUAACACUUGGCAUUGGUGGGUUCACACAGGCAAUUCACAACCAUGGGACUACAUAGAAGAUGGAGGCAAAACAUACAAAGAUAUGGAUCGUUUGGUUGCUUUCCAGAAAGGGCUAACCACAUGGUCCAAAUGGGUUGACACAAACAUCAACCCGGCUACAACCAGAGUCUUCUUCCAGGGCAUUUCACCCACGCAUUACAAAGGCAAGGAAUGGAAUGAGCCGACGGGAAACUGUGUGGGGCAAACGCAGCCUAUAAGUGGAUCGACUUACCCAGGAGGGUCACCUCCAGAGGAAGCUGUGGUGAAGAAUGUAUUGAGUAAGAUGUCAAAGAGGGUGGAAUUGCUGGACGUGACGACAUUGUCUCAGCUGAGGAAAGACGGGCACCCAUCUGUUUACGGCAGUGGUGGAAAUGAUUGUAGCCAUUGGUGUCUUGCGGGUGUUCCUGAUACAUGGAACCAUCUCUUGUACGCAUCUAUCGUCCUCAACAGUGCUGGCAAACAGUAAUAGGCAUAUUAGCCCAAUAUUAUAUUACUUUUGAUAGUUUGAUGGAAUUGUCCUCAACAGUGCUGGCAAGGUUAUGUUUGUUAAACAAGGGAAAGAAAAUAAUACAAAAGAUAUGAUUAUAUAAAAAUUGUACAAUGAUUUUUUUGUGU